CCAUAGCUCUCUCCAUUUUUCAAAUCCCUUCCCCGAACCAAACAAAAUCCAAGUUGGUCAACACAACACUCAAUGCAACAUGUGCAUAAUAAUAAUAAUCUAUAGUAUUACUUAUGAGACUAUUCUCUUCAUCUUAAUUUCUUUAUAAACUAGCUAGCUAACCCAUCUCCACAAACCAAUAAGCUCUCCGAUAGAACAUGACAAGACCCAGAUUUAUCACUCUUAUUCUUCUUCUCCUCCUCCUCUCAAUCACCCACUUGGGUUCUAGCAGAAUCAUUAGUUUGACAUCUGAUGGUGCUGCAGAAAGCAACUCUACAAGCAGAUCCAGUACUGCCAUUCUUAAACUGAAGCUCACCACAACAACAGUGACUUGUGAGCCCGUUUAUGGAUUCUUGCCUUGCACGACAGAGCUAUGGGGGCAACUCUUUCUGAUAGUGGUAUAUGAGUACUUGAUCUCACUUGGAAAUAACUAUGUUUCAGAGGGGUCUGAGCUGUUUUUCAAUAUGAUUGGACCUGGGAUUUUUGGUGCUAGCUUGUUCCACAUUCUUGGGACUAUCCCGAUGGUGGUUUUAAUGCUUGUGUCAGGACUUAAUGCAAGCACAACAAGUGUUGAAGAACAGGCAGAAAUGGGAAUGGGGUUCCUAGCCGGAUCAGCAGUCAUGCUUCUCACUCUAGUAUGGGGCUCUUGUAUUGCUUUCGGCAGCACUGAUUUCUCAAGGACUUUUUCAUCAGACAAUCAAAAUCAGAAGCCAUUCAGCUUUACAGGUUUUGGUGUUAGCACUGAUGCUGAAACUAGCUACACAGCAAGAAUCAUGAUUCUAUCCAUGGUCCCAUUUCUCAUCCUUCAACUCCCCAAAGUUCUCAAUUCAUCCGCGGGGACACGUGUGACGGUCCUAGUUUCUCUCCUUGUUACAAUUGUGCUCCUUUUUGCUUACUGCUUCUAUCAGGUUUUCCAGCCAUGGAUUCAGAACAGGAGAUUCGAAUACUUGUUGCACAAAUACAUCGAUGACAAGUUGCUUAGACUUUUCGUCACCAACGGCAACCCUAACAUAACAUUCAUGAAAGAGCUAUUUCAAGAAGUGGACAAGAAUAAGAAUGCAAACAUAUCGCCAGCAGAAUUGAGAGUGCUAUUUCUUGGGAUACAAUUAAAAGAAGAAGGAGAAGCAUCGGUAUCGAAUACGAAAGAUUUUGCGGACAAGGUCAUGGAAGCAUUUGAUACCUCUGGGGAUGCUCGUAUAGAUGAGGCAGAGUUCGUCAAUGGCAUGGUGAAAUAUAUUUCAGAUGCCGUGCAAUCUUCCAAAACUGACCAAGACCCUAAUGGUUUUAAAUUUUUUGGUCGCCAUGCUAAGAGUGGUAGUAAGGAAGAAGAGAAGAGCUUGGUGAGCCAAAAGAAGGACAGCAGCAACAGCCCGCAGAGUGGCAGUGGUAAAUCAUGGUUGAAUUACUUGAAAGCCUCAUUUUACUUGAUUCUUGGGACUGCAAUUACAGCCCUACUGGGAUUGCCCCUGAUGGAGGCGGUUGCGGAUUUCGCUACUGCUGCAAACAUCUCCUCGUUCGCUGUAUCGUACGUGGUGAUUCCCUUGGCCUUGAACUACAGACAGGUGCUGUCGACAAUCACUAGUGCAAGAAAGAAGACUCGGAAGGCCAUUUCUUUGACGUUGUCUGAGAUCUACGGUGCAGUGUUCAUGAACAACAUGAUGGGAUUGGCAAUGUUUUUAGCACUCGUGUACAUAAGGAACCUCUCAUGGGACGUCUCGGCCGAGGUUUUGGUGGUUCUGGUUAUUUGCACGGCCAUGGGCAUUUUUACCAGUGUGUGCACAAAAUUUCCAAUCUGGACAAGUUUUGUGGCAUUUCUUCUGUACCCGAUUUCUCUGUUGUUGCUUUAUGUUCUUACCACCGUGUUUGGAUGGUCUUAGGAUGACAAUGGAGAUUUUAAUUUUUACCAAACAGAGCAUAAGGAUUAUAUAUAUGAUACUUUCAAAAAAACAUUUCCAUCUAUCUAUAACUUUACUU